ACGGCACGGAGGCGCCGUGUGUGAGUGAGUGCGCGCGUGUGCGUGUGCGUGUGUGUGUGUGUUCGAGGUGACAGUCGCUAGCUUUCACACAAGGAAGUGGAGGACAUGUCGCUCAACUGAAGGCAGAAAAACACAAACAAAAACCGUCGACUCCUCCGUUAAAGACUUUUCCAUCCAGUGCUCGGUGUCAGACAUGUGUCCUCUCGCUGCCGCUCUACCAGCAGCUUCCUGUGAGAUGGAGAUGAGCCGAGGCAGCACCGCCAUGUCUGCGUUUUCCCCAUCAGCCUGCUCAGCGUGAGCUCACAACAGCUGCCCGUCACCGUGAUUGUCAAUACCGGAGUGUAAACAUGGCUCCUGUUCCUCCUGGGAUCCGCCUGCUGGUGUCUUUUGACAGGGACCAGUGGUACCGAGCUCUCACCUUCAUCCUCACCUUCCUGCUCUACACCAGCUUCCACCUCUCCAGGAAACCCAUUAGCAUCGUCAAGAGCGAGCUCCAUAAGAACUGCUCGUCUGUCAGCGAGUUGGCCACUAAUCCGUCCAGCAGCAGCAGCCAGCAGCCGUCGCUGCAGUCGCUCCACGCAGACAUGGACUGUAGCUGGAAGCCUUUCGAUAAAAGUAACUACAAACAGCUGCUGGGAGCCAUGGACUACUCCUUCCUCUGUGCCUACGCAGUGGGGAUGUACCUCAGCGGCAUCAUCGGGGAGCGGCUGCCCAUCCGACUGUACCUGACGGUGGGCAUGUUGACCAGCGGCCUGUUCACCUGCCUGUUUGGACUGGGCUACAUCUACAACAUCCACAACCUGGGCUUCUAUAUAUUUGUCCAGGUGGCCAACGGCUUGGUCCAAACCACUGGCUGGCCCAGUGUGGUGACCUGCAUUGGCAACUGGUUUGGAAAGGGAAGGCGUGGACUCAUCAUGGGGCUGUGGAACUCUCACACCUCAGUGGGAAACAUCCUGGGCUCUCUGAUCGCCGGCUACUGGGUCUCCUCCAACUGGGGCCUGUCCUUCAUCGUACCGGGGCUCAUUAUCGCGGCCAUGGGCGUCGUCUGCUUCCUGUUCCUCAUUGAGCAUCCAAAUGACCUGAAAAGCGUUUAUGCUCAAAAUGCUUCUCCAGGCAAGAGUCAGGUUCCAGCUAAGAGUUGGAACGGAGUGAACGGACACACUGAGGUGUAUCUGCAGUACAAAGACAACAAGCCUCAGGUUUACAACAAUUACGACGAUAAUGUUCAAAACCGCAAGAGUUACGACACCGAGCUGUUGUUGCCGCGGGAUACCGUCCGUGUCCCCGUGCAGCCCGUCGUGGUGGUGAAGAACGAAUCAGAGCCGUCCGCCAUCAGCUUCAUGGGAGCCCUACGCAUACCGGGAGUCAUCGAGUUCUCUCUGUGUCUGCUGUUCGCUAAGCUGGUCAGCUACACCUUCCUCUUCUGGCUGCCGCUCUACAUCACUAAAGCAGCUCACCUGGAUGCCAAGAAGGCCGGAGAUCUCUCCACCCUGUUUGACGUGGGAGGAAUCGUCGGAGGGAUCUUGGCAGGAGUCAUCUCUGAUAAACUGGGGAAGAGAGCCACCACCUGUGCAGUCAUGCUGCUGCUAGCUGCUCCUACACUGUACGGCUUCUCCAUGAUCAGUGAGUUCGGUCUGGGGCCGACCAUCGGCAUGCUGUUGGUGUGUGGAGGUCUAGUCAACGGCCCGUACGCCCUCAUCACCACCGCUGUGUCUGCUGAUUUGGGGACCCACAAGAGCCUGAAAGGCAACGCCAGAGCGUUGUCUACUGUCACCGCCAUCAUUGACGGCACCGGAUCAGUAGGUGCAGCGUUGGGCCCCCUGCUGGCCGGAGUCUUGUCUGCAGGCGGCUGGGAUCAGGUCUUCUACAUGCUGAUGACUGCUGACUUCUGCGCUCUGCUGCUUUUGUUGCGGCUCGUGACGAAGGAGCUGGCGUCAACUAAAUCCCGUCCGAUCUCGGCUGUAGAGUUGAAGGAGCACUGAGCACUUUGAUUGCACUGCCUUCAUGGAGGAGCGCGCACACACACACACACACAGAGUACUGUGUGCAUUGAAACCACUUGUCUGAGCCUGAAACGGACUGUGGCUCGGACAGUUCAGAUAAACGAGGAAGAGCUGAAGCUGAAGUUCUGACCGAAGAACCGAACAGCAGCAGCAGAUUUCACUCGUCUGCACACAGAAACGCACAUUUUUAUCUCGUGUCCUUCUCACGUCGUCUUUCUAUUCUACUUAUUUCUUAUGGCAGCCGAUUUUAACUUUGAACACACUACCUGUUCAGUCCACUGGAGGACUGACAGAUAUAUAAAAGUAGCCUUACAUCACAUGAAUAUUAGGACUAAACCAGAAGUGACAGUUAUUUGUUGAAAACAGCAACUUCCAUGAUUGUUCUUAUGGAUCCCACAGUAGUUAUGAGCACAUCAAACCAUGAUUCAAUAACAUUUAAUAACAUCUCUGCCUUUAUAUUUAACCUUAAUCAUCUUAAAGAUCUCCUCCAGACGUGUUUUUAAGACGAGUAAAAAUACUCUGUACUAUGUUUUUUCUCCACAAAAAUGUUCCGUUACCUCAUUAAAAAUCCUUAAAAUCUCCUUCU